UCUUUUUCGCGCUGCUCUUCCGAUAGAUGCAUUUGCUGUUACCAGAUGACUCAGUUUUGUAGAGGAGGCUUGUGGGAACAAGAGAUGACAACUUUCGUCAGAAUCAAACUGCCUGACUGUCUUACUGAAUUGGACAAAGUGAGAUGGAAUAAAGGCGUGGGUUCAUCACACCAGGGUUAAAAGGGCUGAAGCACCGGUUACGUGGACUACACAGAGGAUUGGGGAAACAAAGCUGAAGAUUUGACGCAUACCCUGAGUCUACCCCUUGCUACACCCCACCGGUAACGGGUGCACGUCUUCGCACGGGUCCAGGGUACAACUCAAGAUGUCCCUACUGUGAGCCCACCGGAGGCGGCCACUUUACGUACGGACCGCCGCGAAAAGGGGGGGAAAUGAUUAUGUAAUUACCCAGAUGGUUAUAUUUCAUGAGAAUUUUUGGCCAUAAGUAUAGCAAACCAAAAAUGAGAAUAUCGGGGCAAAUGGAUUGGAAUCGGCUCAUAAUAACCUUCCUGAUCCUGGAAAUAAGACUCACAUGCUGCAUGUCUCACCCAAAGGUUCCAGGGCUUCAGGCUAUUAUAAGGGCCGCAGAGCUCAAAGACUGCUGGAUAUGCACCCAUGGAGAUGCACAUUCUGAGGAGAAGAUUGCAUUAGUGGGAGGACCCAUUCCCCUCACAUGGUGGAGACAGAAGCCUAAAAUCGGUUGGGGCCCUACAUGGGUCAGUCAUACUGAUCUGGCUUGGAGGCCAAACAGGAGGGAAAAUAAUCACCAAGUCUCCCGAUACGAGAGGGAAUGGGAAAGGAACUGGUAUUCAAAAGGGGUGCCCGAAUAUGAAAUAGAAUCUUUUAUAGGCCAACAUCCCAUAUGCAUACAGAAUGAUAAAGGCACGGGUCGGCUUUUGGGAGAAAUCCCGAUUGCCCACUGCGCACAUACUUGGCUCUUUGAUAUGUCAACUGGAGAAUUUACACCAUUAGCUGAUGAUCACGGCCCGAAGCAGGAGGAGUGUGAUGGCAACGGCCCGGGUGAAGGGAACUACCCCCUUUUACAUGGAGGCAGUAUGAGGCACACAUUUAUCACAUUGUUCAAUUUCACUGAAGGGGCUUGGUUUGAGGAAUCAGAGUCAUUAUGGGGUCAUACCCUAUAUGUGCAUGACAGGAUGGGCAUUCUGAUCAAUAAAACAAAGGAGAAUCAUAUGACCUGUGAUGGUGGGACCUAUACGUGGGAAUCCCCAUUCUGGCAAAUUUGGCGCAGCAUAGCAUGUGCGUACCACAGGGACCCACGCAUAACCCAUGCAUGGUAUGGAGGUGGAGCUAAUAAGUCUGGAGAUUUCCACCUUGACAUAGAAUGUAAAACAGCACUGAACACAGGAGAGAAGAAGAUAAGGGCCCAAAGAUGGGGCUCAGGGAAUUUCCUGACCAUGUUCUUGAAUGAACCUGGGAUGUAUUGGCUUUGUGGGAAGGCAGCCUAUAAGGCAUUGCCACCAGGAUGGAGUGGUAGGUGUGCCCCAGCCUAUCUUGCUCCCAAGGUAGAACUACGCCAAACGCUAAAUGCAUCUGAAACUCUGAAUCUGGGUAGCUUUUUGCAUCGCGUCCACAGGGACGCCAGUAAUCCCCUUGUAGUUCGGAAUACCUGGUUCCAUCAGACUUGGCGAGUGCUUCUGCCAGGUUUGGGAGUGUAUGAAUUGGAGCAAGCCGUAAAAAACAUCUCCAAGGAAAUGGAGCAAACAUUUGAUGAUACUUUGGGGAACUUGAUGGAGUUACAGGAGGAGGUGGAUUCAUUGUCAAAAGUGGUAGUACAAAACCGGAAAGCACUUGAUAGUUUGGCUGCUCAGCAAGGAGGUGCUUGUUCACUGAUUGGUGAAAAGUGUUGUUACUAUGUGAAUAACCAAGGGAAAAUAGAUCAAUAGGUGCAUCUAAAAAUAGAAAAUAGAUGCAGCUAAACUAAAGGAGUCAAUCCAAAUCUUCCACAAUAUCGGGAGGCCUAGGUCUGAUUGGGAAUUGUGGGAUUGGCUCACAGGAUGGCUGCCUGACAUGUCUUGGUUGAAGUCAUUAUUUGUUAUUUUUCUUGUAGUAGUAAUGAUUUUGCUUCUGUUACCCUGUCUGAUACCGUGCCCAUCUAGAGCUUUACAAUCUACUAUCUCGGCAAUAGUUAGAAAGGAAGCCGCACCUCACAUAAUGGCAUUGUAUACAAACUUACCUCAGCAGGAGGAGCCAUAAAUGGCUCCUAAGGGGGGAGAUGUGAGCUGAGAAGUGCCUUUCCCCCCCUAAUCUUGUUGUAUUGUAGCUGCUUUGUUCUCAAGGAAUGAGGAAGUGCUUUCUGUUAAUUGUCUCAGUCUUCAUUCUGUAAAAUCGAAACUGCAUGCAUAUGCAAGAAUGUAUACGAUGUGUAACAAUGUGAUUGGUCCCCAGUUGACGCCCAACCAUGUAACUAUGCCAAAGUAUAAAAACUUGAAACAAAGGCAGCUGCGCGCGACUCUCUGAUCAGGCCGUGAGGCACAGAGGGGCGCCACCAGCGCUGGUUUGGUUAAUAAAGGUGAAUUUGCUUCCUUCA